AUGCCUAACGUUGCGGAAACAGAUAGGUCAAAUGAUUCUGGAAAUGGUGAACACAGAUCUGAGAGAGAGUCUCCUGAAGAGAAUCUUCAAGGUGCUGUAAAAUCUUUCUGCACAAGUGCCUCUGGAGCACCCUUGGGGCCUAAAGGAGAUGGUCAUUAUCCAUGGAGUUGUCCAGUGACUCAUACUCGGGAAAAAAUUUAUGCCAUCUGUUCAGACUAUGCCUUUCUCAACCAGGCAACCUCAAUCUAUAAAACUCCAGCUCCAUCACGCUCUUCUUGCCUCCCUGAUAGUACCUCUCUGUCUGCUGGAAAUAAUUCAUCCAGAUACAUUGGCAUACCUACUAGUGCAUCUGAAAUCAUCUAUAAUGAAGAAAAUAGCUUGGAAAACUUGUCCAGUAGCCUAGACAAGCUACCUCUUGCAUGGGAAAUUGAUAAAUCAGAAUUUGAUGCAGUGACCACAAAUUUGAAACACAAAUCUGGCAGUGUAAAGAAACAAAUUUCAAAGAAGAAAAGUUCAGAUAAAAAAGGAAGACAUCAAAGAGAGUGUCCUCAACAUUCCCCUCUUGAAGAUAUUAAGCAGCGGAAAGUAUUAGACCUGAGACGAUGGUACUGUAUAAGUCGACCACAAUAUAAGACUUCUUGUGGUAUCUCCUCAUUAAUUUCUUGUUGGAAUUUCUUAUAUAGUACAAUGGGAGCAGGAAAUCUUACACCUAUCACCCAAGAAGAAGCUUUACAUAUUUUGGGCUUUCAACCCCCAUUUGAAGAUAUUAGGUUUGGCCCAUUCACUGGAAAUACAACUCUUAUGAGAUGGUUUCGGCAAAUUAAUGACCACUUCCAUGUGAAAGGAUGUUCUUACGUCCUAUAUAAACCUCAUGGGAAGAAUAAAACUGCUGGAGAAACUGCUUCAGGGGCCUUGGCAAAGUUAACUCAUGGAUUGAAAGAUGAAUCACUGGCUUAUAUCUAUCAUUGCCAAAAUCAUUAUUUUUGUCCCAUUGGCUUUGAGGCAACCCCUGUUAAAGCUAAUAAAGCAUUCAGCAGGGGUCCCCUCUCAUCACAAGAAGUAGAGUAUUGGAUCUUAAUUGGAGAAUCAAGUAGAAAACAUCCUGCUAUUCACUGUAAAAAAUGGUCAGAUAUUGUUACUGAUCUAAAUACUCAAAAUCCAGAAUAUCUAGAUAUCCGACACUUGGAGAGGGGCCUACAGUACCGAAAAACAAAGAAGGUUGGGGGGAAUUUACAUUGCAUCAUAGCAUUCCAGAGACUUAAUUGGCAAAGAUUUGGCCUUUGGAACUUUCCAUUUGGAACCAUCAGACAAGAAUCACAACCUCCACCCCAUGGCCAUGGAAUUUCCAAGUCUGAGAGUGAAGACAACAUCUCCAAGAAGCAGCAUGGACGUCUGGGCCGGUCUUUCAGUGCUAGCUUCCAUUCAGACUCAGCGUGGAAAAAGAUGUCUAGUAUUCAUGAAAGAAGGAACAGUGGCUACCAGGGUUACAGUGAUUAUGAUGGAAAUGAUUGACUGUGCUGCUACGAAACAGCCGG